GAUCUCAUGUAAGAUUCUAAACGACUAUAUAUAAAUAAUAGACAAAUUAUUUAAUGAACGAUUCUAAAACAGAAAGAAAUCAUCCGAAAAAACAGAUUUUGAUGAAGUUUGGUAGGAAUUCCAGAGGUGGCUCCCAUCAACUUCUACAAUAGCUUUAUAUAUUGGGAUUAGCAGAUUGUUUUGGUACCAAUUCAAGAAAGUUAUAGCAAUUAAGUGUAAGAAUGGAUGCUCUAGAAACAUACAAGCCAGCAAUAACUAUGAUAUUCUUACAAUUUGUAUAUGCAGCUCUCAAUCUGUUUAGUAAAGCAGUGUUCUUACAAGGAAUGAGUCCUAGGGUUUUCGUUGUUUACAGGCAUGGGAUUGGAACUUUGAUCAUGGCUUCUCUAUCAUUUCUUGAUAGAAGGAGAAGUUCUUGCAAGCCUUCUUUGGGAUUAAACGGAUUUGCUUGGAUUUUUCUUGCCUCGCUUUUCGGGAUAGUUCUGUACCAAAAUGCGUACUUUGAAGGACUAAAUAUGGCAUCUUCUACUGCAGCUAGUGCAAUUCCUAAUAUAACUCCGGCCAUCACAUUUCUAUUGUCAGCCAUGUUAAGGUUGGAGAAAGUAAAUAUAAGAAGUUUGAGAAGUAUAGCAAAAAUUAGUGGUACAAUUUUAUGUAUAUGUGGAGCCAUCUGCAUGGCACUACUCAGAGGCCCUAAACUGCUAAAUUCAGAAUCUGGAGGUGAUAACUGGCUCUUGGGAUGUUUACUUCUCAUCGGAGGCGCUUGUUUCUGGUCGCUUUGGCUUGUAAUUCAAGUAUCAGUUUCAGCAAGUUGUCCUGAUCCUCUGUAUUCAUCUGCUUGGUUGGGUUUUUUGGGUACAAUAGAAUGUGCAGCGGUUACUGUUUGUGUAGAAAAAGAUGCUGCAGUUUGGAAAUUGAAUUCAUAUCUUGAAAUGGGAUUUUGUUUAUUUGGGGGAACAGCAGUUGCUAUAUCAUUCUUUCUCCAGACAUGGUGCAUUUCUAAAAGAGGUCCUCUCUAUUCUGCAAUGUUCAAUCCUUUGUGCACUGUUAUAGUAGUCAUCUCAGCUGCUAUAUUUCUUCAUGAGCAGACGUAUUUGGGGAGCCUCGUUGGUGCUUUAGUUGUGAUAAUUGGUCUAUAUAUUGUUCUAUGGGGUAGAUCCAAAGACUCCGAGGAAAUUCCGAAGAAUAAGCAUUUGAAGCAGCAAAUUGAUGAGUCAACAAUUGUACAAGUGAUCGUUGAUGAUUCUCUACACAGGAAAAAUCAAAAAGCUGAAUUGCAUGAAUCACUUCUUUCACAGAAUCUGGCUGGUAUUGAUCAAGAAUAAUUAAUGGGGCAAAGUAUCAUAUUUUCCGCUGACGUUUGAGUUAGGGAUCACCUAUACCCCAUGGUUCGGAAAGGUGCAAAACGGCCACUAAUGUUUCUAAAUGGCUUCUUUAGGCCACUAACUUUUUUAGAAAAGGGUCAUAUACGCACCUAAUAGUAUUCAGUAUGGAUGCCUAAAGGAUCCUAUUUAAAAAGUUAGUAGUCUGUUUGCACCUUUAGGAAACCACGAGAGCAUAUGUGAUCUUUUGCCUAAAUGUUAGGGGCAAUAUUUGACCCUUAUCCCUAAUUUAUAUGGUAACUGCUAUGAUUGUUUACCUAAAGCGUUUGGUAAUUAAUAUUGACUGUUGAUCAAUAAAACUAUUUGUUCAAUGACAUUGAGAAAUAUUAUAUCA